AUGGCGACGAAGGUUGCUCCUGGGGCUGCGGUUCCCCUGGAGUUACGGCGGGAGCGGCCCAUGGUUUGCGUGGAGUACCCGGGCGUAGUGCGCAACGUGUCCAAGAUGCUACCGACUCUGGGCGGCGAGGAAGGCGUCACCCGGAUCUAUGCAGAUCCCACCAAGAGGCUAGAGCUAUACUUCCGGCCCAAGGAUCCCUACUGCCACCCUGUGUGUGCCAAUCGCUUCAGUACCAGCAGCAUGCUUCUCCGCAUCAAGAAGAAGACAAGGAAGCGCGCUGUGGUGCCAGGGGCUGAGGCCUGCCCUGAGGUCAAGUUUGAGAUGGAGAUCCUUGGCAUUAUCUCUACCACUUACAAGUUUCAGGGAAUGUCCGACUUCCAGUACUUAGCCGUGCACACAGACACAGGCGUCAGGCACAUGUCAAUGUACGACAAACUGCUCAUGCACAAGCCCGAGAAGGAAGAUUUCUUUAACCAGGAGCUGCCGCUCUACAUCCCCCCACCCAUCUUCUCACGGCUGGACACCCCAGUGGAUUACUUCUAUCGACCAGAUAUACAGCACCGGGAAGGCUACAGCAACCCCACCGUCUCAAGUGAGAACUUGAUUGGCCUGAGCAGGGCCCGGCGUCCCCACAAUGCCAUCUUUGUCAACUUUGAGGAGGACGAGAUACCCAUAAAGCCUCUGGAGGCUGCAAUUCAGACAUGGAAGAGAAUCUGCACCAAUCCCAUAGACAGAAAAGUGGAGGAAGAGCUGAGGAAGCUGUUUGAACUGCGUCCCAUCUGGUCCCGUAGUGCUGUCAAGGCCAACAUCAGCGUCCACCCUGACAAGCUCAAGGUCUUGCUGCCCUUCAUGGCCUAUUAUAUGAUAACAGGUCCCUGGAGAAGCCUGUGGAUUCGAUACGGGUAUGACCCCCGGAAAAACCCAGAAGCCAAGAUCUAUCAAGUUCUUGAUUUCCGAAUUCGUUGUGGAAUGAAAUAUGGUUAUACCCCCAGCGACAUGCCUGUGAAGACAAAACGCAGCGCUUACAACUACAGCCUCCCCAUCACUGUCAAAAAGACAACCAGCCAGCUCAGCAUGCAGGACCUGGGCCCGUCAGGAAUCGCCAAUGCCCGGAAAUCAACCUCCAACAAGUACAAGCUCAAGGAUUCAGUCUACAUCUUCCGGGAGGGGGCCCUGCCGCCUUACCGACAGAUGUUCUAUCAGUUCUGCGAUUUGAAUGUGGAAGAGUUGCAGAAGAUUAUUCACCGCAAUGAUGGUGCAGAGAGCGUGUGCACGGAGCGGGACGGCUGGUGUCUCCCCAAGACCAGUGACGACCUGAGGAACGCCAUGUCAGCCAUGAUCCGGCAGGCCCUCCGCUCCAAGAGGCCUGCUCUCUUCUCCAGCCCGAGCAAGACGGAUGAAGAGAAGGAGCAGUUGGCAUAUGAGUAUGCAGAAGACGAGGAGGAAGAUGAAGAGGAGGAGGAAUUCAAGCCUUCAGAUGGGAGUGAGAAUGAGAUGGAGACAGAGAUCCUGGACUACGUGUGA